CUUUGGUUAAAGUCGAAGUUGUGGUGAAAACAGGCCGAGCGGAGAGAGAGAGAGGAGCUGCAGUGGAGCAUGGACUUCAGUUUACCUCUAAACCCCAAACCCAGGACCUGAACCAGGACCUGACCCGCCAGCUCACACCCACACCGGCACGGUGAGUCCCCGCGCUGCUCCGGAGCUGCUGAGAGGAGUUCCAGCGGAGCGUGAGAACUUCAGCUCUCAGCAGCAACAGAGGUGAGCCUUUUCCAGAGUGAGGGAUUUGGGAUUUGGCCCAUUUGCCCGGCAUUCCCAAUGGAGUCCUACAAAGUCAGUGGCCUUUCAAACACUGGACUACAGCAGAGCUACACCCAGCCUUCUCGUACAAGAGGCCAAAACAGCAGCUAUGGACUGAGCAUCAGAGUCCAAGGCAUUGAUGGACAUCCCUAUGUGGUGCUUAAUAAUCAGGACAGAGGGAACAACCCUUAUGCUGCCCCCAACAAUAAUGGGUUCAUUGACUCUGAAGGGUCCUUUAUUGACAACUACCAGGACUAUGACUUCAGAGGAGCCAGGGAAAACAUGUCCAGUAACCCAUUUGCAGAAUACAGAGCCCAAAAUCAAAAGCAAAAAGUCGGCCCUCACAAUGGGGUCUCUGAUCCCAGAGAGGCUCAGUUGAAGAAGACACCUCUGCUAAACUUUCAGAAGCAUCCAGAGCUCCUCAAGCCUUAUGACCCAGAAAAUAACACCCUUGAUAAUUUCCAAAGUGUCCCACCCCAACCUCUCUCUGCUACUGAGACCAGAAACCUAUAUCCGGGGUCUUUACCCAAGGAGAAAUCUACAGACGUUACAAAUGCAAGAUUUUCCAGCCUGGAACAACCAAAAAAAGCCAUAGAUCCACCAGCACAGGAUGCAAGGCAACAGCCCCAACCACAAGCAUUGUCUCAAACAUAUCCAUCCAAGGUCCAACCUCAAACAGGUCCAUCUAAAACCCAAGUGCUAACACAACCUCAGGCUGUUUCCAAACCUCAAGGCCAUGCUCAACCCCAGAUCUCCAAGACUCAAUCCCAAACUCAAGUCAAGCCUCCGUCCCCAUCACAGCCACAGCAACGCCUUCCAGUUCCACAAGCAUCUUCUGCCACCAGUGUUGCCAAUGAAAAGCCACCUUGUAAGACCCCAAGCACAGCAAGCAGCGCAAACUCCAGCCUGGAACGAAGUCGUAGACAACCCGACGUCCUUCCUUUGCGGCGGACUGACUCCAGCGGUCCUGUGCUUCAGUCAUCACGCUCCCGCCAUUCUUCCAUGUCCUCAACUACGCCAACCAAGGAGGAGCAGCUGGAGGCACUGUACGCAGACACCAUAAACCGCCAUGAGAACCGCCGCUACAUCCCCUUCCUGCCAGGAACCGGCCGUGAUAUUGAUACUGACUCUAUUCCAGGCGUAGAUGCACUCAUUAAUAAAUUCAACGGCAAAGAAGGCCAGCAGAGGAGAGGACGAACUGGCAGAAGAAACCGAAUUAAUCCGGAGGACCGCAAGCGUUCCCGCAGCGUGGACAGUGCCUUGCCCUUUGGUCUCCAGGGUGAUGCAGAGUACCUGGACGAAGUGAGCCGAAACAAAGGAAGGUCCACUGAGCAUCUGCUUAGGCCUUCACAGCUUCUACAGAAGUCCCCCCUUUCCCCACCGUCUACUUUUGGACGCAGAACAGCCUUCAGAGAUGUGUCGCUGGUUAGCAGCGCUCCCGGCUCUCCACAGGGAACCGUCUCCAAUGCUACAGCUUCUAUUAUGGGAUAUAAGAAGCCACCUUCCCGACCCUCCAUUCUGCCUCUGGAGAGCAAGAUAACUGAAGCAGAGAAGAUAACACCAAGUACAAGGACUCUGACCAGUGUGGCUACAGCAUCCCUGUCCAGACAGGUUCCUAACGGCAACAAGAAGACCAGUUCAGAGAUUGAUGGCGAGGUAAGAAAGACAACACCUGAUCUUCUCAAAGGUCAGCAAGAACUUUCCCAACAAACACACGACGAGACCGCCAAGCAGAUCUUAUUCAAUUAUCUCAAAGAUGGAAGCAACGACAGCGACGACACCACCAAGAGGAAGGUCAACCUGGUGUUCGAGAAGAUCCAGACACUGAAGUCCAGGGCCGCGGGCGGCGUGCAGGCGGACAACAAACCUCCAGACCUGUCGGCCCAGGCCAGAGCCCUGCAGGAGCAGAAAGCUGAACUGGAGAAGGAGAUUUCUCAUCUCAGAACGCAGCUGCAGGACGAAAAUAAGAAGCAGAAGAGUCUGAGCGAGGCUCAGGAGAAGACCGGCGCUGGACUGAAGGACCUGCAGAAAGAGCUGGAGCUGAGCCAGGAGGAGUGCAGCAGACUGAGGGACAAACUGACCAAAACAGAGGCAGACCUGCGCACCACACUGGAGGAACUGUUCCAGGUAAAGAUGGAGAGAGAGCAGUAUCAGACAGAGAUCAGAGAUCUGCAGGACCAGCUCUCAGAGAUGCACGACGAGCUGGACGGAGCAAAGCGCUCACAAACUGAGAGUGCAGAGAAGGAGACCCUGAUGGAGGACCUGAUGCAGCUGAAGCUGGAUCUGCAGGAUGUGCUGGUGGCUAAAGAGGAGCAGGAGGAGGUGCUGAGGAGGCGUGAGAGGGAGCUGACCGCUCUGAAAGGAGCUCUGAAGGAGGAGGUGUCCACUCACGAUCAGGAAGUGGAUAAACUGAGGGAUCAGUACGAGAAAGAGCUGCGAAAACUACAGACAUCUGUGGAAGAGGCUAAGCAGAGUAAUGCGACGGUGUGUAAACAGAAGGCGGAGGUGGACGUGGCGCGGGGGGCAGCGGAGGGUCAGGCGCAGCGCUUGUCUCAGGAAGUGGAGCGCCUGAGGAGAAGAGCUCAGGAACUGGAGAACGAAGUGGCAAAACUCAACCGUAUCAUUGAUGAAGCCAAGCUGCAGGAGAGCCGGCUGGGAGAGAAGGCCAACCGCCUGGAGAAAGAGAAGAGGCAGCUGGAGGAGUCUCUUGCUGAAGUUCGAGAAGAAGAAGAAGAGAUGAGCAAGGCAAACCGUGCCCUGACCGCACGUUUGGAGGAUGUACAGAGAAAUCUGACCAAGAUGGUGCAGGAGCACAGAGAGCUGGAGGAACGUCUGAAGGAUGAGAAGAGCCAGAAGGAAAAGUUUAAAAGUACAAAGAAUGAGAUUGAGGAAGAGAGGAGGUUGCUGGACAGAACUGUGGAGAAACUGCAGAGAGAGAUGAGUGACAUUGUGGAGGCGUCCCAGAGCUCCACGCAGGAGCUGCAGGAGCAGAUUGACGCGUAUAAGGAGAAGAACAGGCGGGAGCUGGCCGAGCUCCAGAAGCAGCUGAGAGACGGAGGAGUGGAGCUGGAGAAAUCUCGUCUCAACGCCAAGUCCCUGCAGGAGGAGCUGGCUCAGCUGGAUGAGGACCUGCGGCAGUGUAAGCGUGAGAAGGAAGAGGCGGAACAGAAGGCGAAGGCUCUGGAGCAGAAGGUCUUUGAGCUGCAGGUGGACGUUGACACCAAAGUUCAGAACAGCGACAAAUCCCGACAGAUCAAACUGAUGGAGGACCGUAUCUCUCAGCUGGAGAUGGACCUUGAUGAGGAGAGGCAGAGUGGGGACCAGCUGAUGGAAAGAAUUGACCGAGGGAGAGAGCAGGUGGAUCAGCUGAGGAAUGAGCUUCUGCAGGAAAGGGCAAACAAGCAGGACCUGGAAUGUGACAAGACUGCUCUGGAAAGACAGAAUAAAGAUCUGAAAAGUAGAGUAGCUCAUCUGGAGAGUUCUCAGAAGUCCAGUAAGGAGGGGCUGGUGGCCCAGCUGGAGAGCAGGAUCCAGGAGCUGGAGGAACGACUGGAAGGAGAAGAGAGAGACAGAGCCAACCUGCAGCUGGUGAACCGGAGGCUGGAACGUAAGGUGAAGGAGAUGGUGAUGCAGAUGGAUGAAGAGCAUCACUCUCUGCAGGAUCAGAAAGACCAGCUGAACCUGCGUCUGAAAGCUCUGAAGAGGCAGAUGGAUGAGGCGGAGGAGGAGAUUGAUCGGCUGGAGCACGGGAAGAAGAAGCUGCAGAGAGAUCUGGAGGAGCAGCAGGAGGUGAACGAGCAGCUCCAGAACCAGCUGAAAGCUCUGCGCAGUGAGAUGAGGCGAAAGAGCAACUCCGCCCCACUGCUGAACAACCUGGAUGAUGAAGACGAUGAUGAAGAUGAUAUCAGCACUGAUGGAGAAACAUACUUUAGCUCAUCUUCUGGAUAUAAACGCUCCAGCAGUCAGGAUGCCCUCAUCUCCACAUUCUCCCUCUGAGUGCGCGUGUGUGAGCGUGUGUGAGCGUGUGUGAGCGUGUGUGAGCGUGUAUGUGAGUGCUCGUGAGUGCUCGUGAGUGCUCGUGAGUGAGAAAAAGAGACUGUGCCGUCCACACUCUUGAUGAUGCAGUACCGGACACUGUUCCUUCCGUCUGCUGUUUGGCUGGUUGGUCCAAAUCCAGCUGCAGUGGAAACAUUCCUAAUGCCUUUUUCUUUUGAACAAAACAGACGUUUUAUUUUUCCAGUAGUUUUUUUUUGUUGUUUUUCUGUUUUUGUGUUUCACAAGAGACAACUGUUGAAAUGAUUUUUCUGUACACCAGUAUUUUGAUGCAAUGCAGCAUUUUUAUAUAAAGUGUAUUUUUUUAAAGCUCCAUCCUCCAUCAAACAUUGAAGUUUGUGAUGAUAACAGUGAAGAUUAAGAAAAACGAUGAUGCAACGAAUCCUGUAAUUUAUUAAUCAGUAAAAAUAUGAAGGAUUUGAUAUACUUUUUUGAAGGGCAGUAAUUAGCCUAUGAAGGGAAAUCUGAAUGAGGGACUAUUGGACUCAUUUCCUUUUUGUUUUUGUUUAUGUGUAAAAAUGUGUAUCCAUUUAUGCAAAGUGAUACAAAGACAUUUAUCUCUGCUCGUUAUCGUUACGUUUUAAUGUUACUUUAUGUCACUGUUACUCUCCCUCCAAGCGUAAACUAUAUUAUGUUACAUCAUGCUGCUUCACCUCAUUCUUUGCUUUUUAACUUUUUUAACUUACUCCCGUGACCUUUUGACCUUUUUUUUUUUUUUUUUUAGAGCUGUAAGAACUGGGCACUCAUAAAAUGUAAAAAUGACUAGUUUCUGAGACUCCAGACAGUGUUAACGGCUAAAUAUGAGAUAUGAUUGGGCCUUCUAUUAAAUAUAUGACCUCAUGCUCAGUGUUCUCAUUAAGAUCUACCCCAGCAUUUUCCAGCUUGACCACUAUCUGCUGAAUCUGCCGAAUACAUUUGAUGACCGCAGACGAUCCUCCUGACACAUGUCCCUGCUCCAGGUGCACAAAUGAGGAAACCAGCUAGCAACACCAUGGCAACUAUUUCAACACCGUAGCAACCACCACCUAGCAAUACCGUAGCAAUGAUUUCGCAGUGCUAUGGAAAGCAUCUAGCAACACUCUUCCAAGGACCUCAAACUUCCAUAGCAACCACCACUCCUGCAAAACCAUAGCAACCAUUACCCAGCAAUAUCAUAGCAAGAACCUGUUAAAACUUUUUAGAACCCACCAGGAAAACAACAGCAAUCAGCACCCAGCAACACCAUGGAUUUUUUUUUUUUUUUUUUUUUAAUUGAUUAAAAUCUGUGGCAGGUGCUGAAGUAGCUCUGAUUGGUUCUAUUAAAAGCCCAGAGUUUCUGUUCCAUUUAAAGUGCAGGGAAACUUGUUAAAAUGAUAAUAUUUGGAAGCAGACCACUUAUCUACCAAUCUUUUUACUGAUUUUUUUUUACUUUUUAACAUAAUGUGAAUCUGGCUCUUGUUCUUUGUGUUGCGUUUCAAUGUCAUGAUGAAUGGACCAAUAGAAAUGCUCCAGAGUUAUUUGGAAUAAAAUAAGUUUUCACAUUGACGUCUAUUGGAAAUGAAGACGGUAUUUUUCCUCCUUCUGUAAAGAUGCUGUGUUGGAGAUACAAGCUUUGCGCGUAACCUGGAUGACUAAUAAGAUUCAGACAGAUGUGGUUUUGGUCAGUGUGGGUAAACUCCUUUAACCUGUAACUGUCGCUGUAACUGUGGGAGUUUAGAGAAAAGCCUUAGAAAUGUACAGUUUUUACAGUUCAUCAAACCAACCUAACUCUUAGUAAUUACUCAGCAGUUUAUCAUUAAUUUCACUAUUAUGCAACAAACUUGUAUCUCAAUAUAUAUAUUUUUACAUAAUGUGAAGCUGGCAGGUGUUCUUUACAUUUUAUCAGAAUUUUGAAGAAUGGAACAAAAGAUUAUGCCCUAAAAUAAGUACAAUAUAUUUUUUUACUUUUUUUACUUGAAAAAAUUGUUUUAAUAAAUAAGUGAUUUUUCUACAGCACCAUUCAAUAAACCAGCUUUAUUCUUAACCCUUUAAUGUUCUCGCCAAGAUUUAUUUGGGAAAGUAAUAAAAAAUGCACACCUCUAUAAAACAUUUGUUUAAAUGUCAGAGAACUGAAAAGACAGACUACUGAAACAUACAGUGACCUCAAGGGCUGCAACUAAUGGUUAUAUUGCUAGUUGAUUAUUUUAGCCAUGCCCUCCAUAGCAAAUAAAAGAUAAUGUUAGAAUUUGAAACCUUAGUUACGUGAAUAAUAUUAUAUCUUAAUCAAAUAUAUUUGUAAAAUACAAUUUAAUAAUAAAACUCAAAGUGUAACUAUACAAAUGAAAGCUAACCCAUCACAGCGUUUCUCUCCCCAGCUCUGUGUGUAGUGUGCUGCAGUUACAAAUAAACAAUUAGUAACAAUAAAAUCUAAAGUCAAUGCAGUUUUAUAAUAAACAGUGUUGAUUAUGAUGAAGGUUCGUUGCAGCCCUAGUGACCUCAGUCCAACUCCUUCUUUAGUAAGAUAUAGUGACUCAGACAUUCAGAAAUGUGCUCUAACAGUCCGUUCAGCAGAACGCUAAAGGGUUAAAGGUGUGGUCUAGCUAUGUCCUGCUGUACAGGACAUGUCCUCGGCUAAGCCCUGGUGAUCCUGUCAUUCUGGAGAGCCGUCCUCUUGUAUGCAAGUUUUUUAAAUAAAUGUUGUUGACAAUCUAUGUUUUCUUUUUCUCUCUGUAUUUUAUUUGGAAAUACACUGUGAUUUACUGCACUGUAUGUUCUGUGUGUUGAGCCUUUAUUGUGCAUUUCUGGCCUAAAGAAACAUUCCAAUGUAAAAAAUCCCCAUGAUUCCUCACUGUUCUGUCAGGCAGCAGGAAUUCAGGCGGUGUUCCCCAGCGCUCUGGAGCCGGACAGUAAAAGCUAGCAGUAACUUCUUAUCUCUGUACUGAGGGAGGCAUUUAUUUAUCCCAAAGUCAGCGAAGUAUGCGGCCGCUAACUCACCGCCAGCUCACUCGGCUCGACCGGAGAGCGCUGAGGGAACACCAGGUUCCUCCUAAUGCUCUUACUGUAAUGUAAGACUGUUGCAACUUUGAAACCUUGUACCAUUUAAAAUGUUCGGUUCUUUUAUUUUAUUUUUUUACACUGUUUCAAUAUGCCAGCUGCCCUUUUGUGAUCUUAGAAAUGUCCAAAUUUACUUGGAAUAAAGCUUGUACUUGUAA